GUGGCGACGGCGCGGCCUAGCGCUCCAGGCUUCACCAUGUUCAGGGCGCUGGCGGCCGGCGGGUGGCUGGCGUGGCCGGGAGACGCCGGCUACUCCGCCCGCCAGGAGGAGGCCGAGCUGCUGCACCCCCCAAGGGAGGAUGGCGAGGAGCCGUGGGCGGGAGAGGAGGCGCCACCGCCGGGCCUGGAGCCUGAGGCUGGGCCUGGAGCCGGAGCCGGCCCCGAGCAGGCCAGAGGCGUGGGCAGUUACCUGCGGAAUGUGGCUACAUCUGCUUCAAAGAAAGUAUCGGACUCGAUGCGAGAGACUGCCCAGACAAUAAAGAAAACUGUCGAGGAACAUAAAAUAGGCAAUCUCCUUGACAUGACAAUCAUUGGAAAUUUCAAUAAGGAACAAGAAAAAUUUAUGGACGAACAAAAAUCAAAGAAAUCAGAAUCAGCUCUCCCACCCUGGGCAGGAUACAAUAAUGAGGAGUCUGUAAAGCAGCAAGUCCUCUCUUUGUCUGAAGAUCGUCGGAACUUUCUGCGAGAUCCUCCUGCUGGUGUACGAUUUAGCUUUGAUUUCAACACCGUGGCACCCGUUGCUGUUGUGAUGCUUCGUGAAGACAAGCUGCUGAGCAAAAUGCGUUUUGAGCUUGUUCCAAAACUCGUAAAGGAAGAACAGUUCUGGAAGAACUAUUUUUACCGAAUAUCUCUUAUUAAACAGUCUGUACAACUCUUGUCUCAAGCUGCCGGACAGCCUGAAAACUCCAGAGAUGAACCGGAUGCUUCAGAAAACAGCCUCCCUGCCACAGAUUCAGUACUUUCAUCGCCAUCCACGGUGCCAGUGAGAAAGCAAAAUGAAUCUGCUGGGGCUCCCUCUGGACAGGAGGUUUCCAUAAGUCCAACUGCUAAUGAGUUUGUGAGUGAUGCAUUUGACACAUCGUUCCUAAACCAGGAAGACAUCUUGAGGGGCAUGGAGCAACUGGGCAUGAGCAGCGACCAACCAGCUCCUGGUGACGAAGCGGACGACAUCCCCGAGUGGGAGAAGGAGCUGCAGCGUGAACUGCAGGAGUUCGAAAUUGUUGAAGGGAAAGCAAAAGUGAGCGACGCCUGGGAGAAAGAAAUCGAGGCGUUGCUUCAGGAAGAGGAUUAAAGAGCAAAUUUGUUCUCAUAACCUGUGUGUAGGAAGGAACCGCAGGUGCUGCUUUAAACCCAAGAUAGACACAAAAUGCUGGAGUAACUCAGCGGGACAGGCAGCAU